AUGUUGACCAGAUCUCUGCUGUGCACUCGAGGCUUCUCGAGCUUCAGCAACUUCAGCAAAGAGACUCGCAAGGUCAUCUGUAUCGGCCGCAACUACGUAGACCACAUCAAAGAGCUUGGCAACACGCAAGGGAAAGAGCCCUUCUUCUUCCUGAAGCCGCCGUCCUCGAUCCUCGCACCAGAUGAAGGUCCUGUCCAGCUGCCACGCGGUAUCCACUCGCACUACGAAGUGGAGCUAGGCCUGGUGAUGGGCCGCACGGUACGCGACCUGGACAAGGAGGACCUGGCGGGUGCUCAAGCGAGCAUCGCGGGAUACUUCUGCGCUAUAGACAUGACGGGUCGGAACAUGCAGGAAGCGUGUAAGCGCAAGGGACUGCCGUGGACGACACCGAAGGGCUUCGAUACGUACCUGCCUGUCUCGCGCUUCAUUGAUGCAGCGCAAAUUACAGAUCCUGCACGCGUCUUGCUGGAGCUCAAGGUCAAUGGCGAGGUGAAGCAGCGGGAUUCAACAGAGCUCAUGAUUUACAAUAUCCCCAAGAUCCUCGCGCACAUCUCGAGCAUCAUGACACUGGAGAAGGGGGAUAUCGUGCUCACGGGGACACCGAAGGGCGUUGGGAAAGUGGUUGCUGGGGAUGUCAUGGCGUGUCGGAUGGUGGAUGAGGUCACAGGCAGAGACAUUGCCGGCGCAGAGAUCCAGGUGGAGUGUAUGGACCGUGAUGGAGGAUACAUCUUCAUGGAGUAG